AUCCGAGCCAGCAGCAUUGGUGUUUCUGGAGAAGACUCUUGGUACUUCUAGCCAAACGAAAGAACGCGUUUACUUUAUCAAAAUUGUCUGCGUUGUUCUUGUUGAAAUCUACCUUCUUGAGAAACGCAAAACCAAGAUCAUGGUGUCUAGCAGCGCCAACGCCGCCGUUGGUGCUUCGAUGACAGGAGGUUCGACGGCAUCUUCGUCCUUCUUCGCAAGAGCCUUCUUUCCGGCGGAUCAUACCGAUGCGGUUUUAACGGCAAGAGUGAAAGGAACGUUUUCAUCAACAUCUGGCUCCUCCUCAUCAUGUGCUUCCUCGAGUAGAAUUCUUGCGGACGACACAGCGUCCUCUUCUAUCGGCGAAAGCCACAACUCAGUGCUCAUCUCCGAAGCCGGCCUUUCCAACCGACUAAAAACCAGCGCGUUUUCGUUUCCCAGCCAAAUCGAGACCUUUCUCUCCACGACGCUCGGGUCGCUACCGGUUUUCAGCAGCUGUUUCGGCCGGGGCUUGAAAACUGUGUCGACCCCGAAGGACCUGCUGCUCGAGGCAGCGCGACUGAACGACAAGGCCAGCACGCUGAAUCAGGCGGCGAUGGUGAAGGUGCAGGGCGUUCCGGGGGCCGCAAAACUGCAGACCAACGUGGAAAACGCCUUUGCACACUCGAAAUUUGCCCGCGACCGCGCUCUGCGGGCCGCGCGGGCGACGACCAGGGGCAAAGAGUCGUUUGAUUUGUGAUCAUGCGAAGAUUUGCGAUCAUUUGGUUGUUCCGUAGUUCGCUACGAUUCUACGAUGGAUCGGGAGCAGGAAACAAUCCAGACUACGCAUUUUCGCGAUGGAGGGCAAGCGUUGUCGCUAGAUGGAAUUCAACUUGACAGCAUCAAAAUAAUGGUCAGAAAGAACUUAUUGGACGAGGACACACAUCUUCAGCAUAAAUG